AUGUUUAUCAAAAUGAGUGCAUUCUAUGGUAUGAAAUUUAAAUAAUUACAUCAUAGUAUUGUUUGUAUAAAUAAAAUUUUUAUGAAUUCAUACAUAAAUAGGAUAAAUCCAAAAACAAAUUCAACAUUGCAAAUUGUUUUUUUGGCAGCUGCUGGCGUAUGGCUAAUCAUUUUGUUAUUUUCAAAUUAUCAAUUUUAUAGAUAUGAGUAUUCUGGGGAAUAUUUAGAAUGCAGUUUAAAAUAUGAUGGGUAAAAGAAAUGCAAGUUCAAUAACAAAUUGUUGUUUAAAGAGAAACUUAGUGCAUCAGAUUGUCAGAAUGAAUACAUAUGUAAUACAAUUUUAGCUGCCUAUCCUAUUACAAUUAUUGAUUUGGUUUUAAUUGUGAUAGCACUAACGAUGUGUUUAUUGAAAUAAUCGAAUUUGCCAGGGAAUACUGUAAUCUUCAACUACAUAUCCAUUAUUUCAGUUGCAGUCCCAGGAAUAACAUUAAUUAUAAUGUCAAUAAUUUUGAUGCCGGCAAUUAACAAUUAAACAAUUAACAAUUACAAUCUCGGAGCAGGGGUGAUAUUGUCUUAAUUUUUUAUCUCAUUAAUCUUAUUUGCCAGUCUAAUUUUUAUCAGAAGGGAAGAACAACUCACCUCCUAGAUAAGAAAAUAAGAAUAAUUGAAUAAUGUUGAGAUUAAGUAAUAUGUUGUAUAUUGA